AUGGCCGAUACACAAGGUAUAAAGCUCAGGUAUAAAAGAGGAACUUGCUUUGGAUGCCAAAAAUGUUUAUAUUGUGGAGUUGAUUUACAGCAACAAAAGUGCAAAUGUAAAACUUCUACGAUACCUAAUAAAAAAAAUCGAACUACUGCUGUCAAGUAUGCUUUUACACUAAUUUUUAGUCCUGAUUGGACAAAAGAUAAAUUUUCUUUUAUUCAAGAGAAAGCGCUGAAAUAUAAUUAUUUGAUAAACCUGAAAAAUACUUUCAACCUUUCACUUUGUUCAAAGUGUAACAACACCUUAUCAAGAUUAACUCCCAAAAAUUCUAAAAACAUCAAAUCUAUAGUGAAACCAACCGAAACUCUUCCUAAUCUAGAAGUAUCUCAGAAUACACAAUCAAAGCCAGAAAGACAGAUAUUAGAUGGAGCAUCAACACAAAAUUCAUUGGAGACUUUAGAAUCUGAUAAAAAUAGUGAAGAUAAUGCAUAUUCUGCUGAUGAUGACUUUGAAUACGAGUUUCAAUAUGGAAUCUUUAUAAAAUUGGAUGGAAAGCUUCAACCAGCUAAAUGGUAUAAAGUUGUAGUGUCUGGGAUAGACGAGUUUCUUGCAGAGAUUCAUACCAAUGUAGUCACGUUAACACAAAAUGAGUCAAUCGAAGCAUGUGACUAUCAUGUAGCAUUCAAAUCAGAAAAAGCCCUAGGAGCUGGAACUCAAUUAGUUGAUGCUCAGGAUUUUCAGAAAUUCUGUUUAGAUUAUUCUAAGUUCAAAAAGAGAAACACCAAUAUGGGAAUCUUCAUAACUAUCAAAUCUCAAGAUCUAAAUAAAAAUAAACGUAAAAAGAAGCAUAAAAAUAAAAAUCGGGUUUCAAAAACAUCUAGUCUUACAUCAGAAGAAACACAAAUAGCAAAAAAUGUUUCAGAAAUUUGUACUAUUAACCAUUGCAACAUUCAUAAUCGGGCUUGUUUAAACAGAGAUAAUAGUAAAGAAAACCAUGUUGAAAUUACUUUUAUGAUGCUUUCAAUUUGGGCAUCUGAAAUGAACAAAGGAUUGGCAACACCAAUGAAUCCACCAACACAUCCAUUAUUUGCAUACCGGCAUCCAUCUAAAACAAAACCAUCUUAUUUACAACCAUCAGCAGAAAAUUCACUUUUACCAUCAAGCUCAUACAUACCGUUUUCAUUAUACAAUUCAUUGCAAAUGUUUCCAGCACCUUAUACUGCUCAUGUUUUAGAACAAACACCUACCAUGACUACAAAAUUACCUACGAUUAGCGAUUUCUUAAAACAAAUAGAUGACAAUGAAGUUAUCAAUGGAAGAAUUUAA